CAAACCUGCAAACCAAGUCCUUAAUAACUUUUCUCGUGUUAAUCAAAAGAUAACUUUUCUCGUGUUAAAUCAUUCAUGCUUCUAAUUUCAUUGUUAGUUUCUCAAGGUACCAUUUCAAACGUAGAUGAAUUAUAACAUUGAAAAUAUAAAAAUGCUGAUGCGAUGAUGAUUAAUAUUUACAAUUAGUACUUCAAAAUUCUCACUUAAUCCUGAAGAUAAAUAUGCUAGGCUUUUCUCUUUGUCUCAACAAGAAAAUCAUGAAGACUGUUGAAACAUAAGAACAAAUGAAUAAAUAUAUUAAUCCCUGACAAAGUACUCUUUUGAGACAAAAUUGCUGUUCCAUAGACCUUUGAGGUUUGACCUGCCACGAGGAUUAACCGAGCCCCCUCUUUCCAUCACCUCCCACUCGCUAACAUCGGCGCGUAAAACUACCAACAUUUUUAAAUGUCUCACGACUUACCGAAAAAGAGUAAAAAGUAAAAAAAGAAGGAAAGCGAAAGCGGGGGGUCCCAGUGGAUCAGGAGGAAAGCAAAAAGCAUACGGUAAGAGGCAGAAGAAGCAGAGCAAUGUCAUUGGUGAGAGACGUCGUUAACUCACGCGCGACCACCGAGCGUUAAGCUCGAGGCUGUUCUGUCCCUUUCCCUUAAGUUCCCUUCCUUCUGUUCUUUGUACAAAAAAUUAUUUAUAUACAAAAAGCUGUCUUCGGUAUAUUCAAUUUAUUAUUUAUAAUCAAAACUAUUUAUUCAAAACAUUCAAUACCGUGACAGAAAAUUUAAUUUAACCGAAAAUAUCUGAAAAUAUUUAAAAAUGAGUUUUUUGUUUAAAACCUAGUAAAAACACAAAAUCCAGAUUCUCUUCCAUAGCACGCUCUCUCUUUCUUUAAUCUUCUGCAUCUUCAGACACACUUCCCUCUCUCUACUCAACUGUCCUCUCACUUGCCUUUGUGCUUUCAAUCUCUCCUUCGCUCUCAAUAUCUUAUCUCCAUCUCUACGUUAUCUUUUCCUUCACUGUCUUCUUUGUAAUUCUCUGUUCUUUUCUUCUUCCUUGUCAUGACGGUUCCGGACGCAAAAACCAGCUCCGGCAACGAGAAGCUUGUGGUGGAGAUAAUAGGGGCCCACAACCUCAUGCCAAAAGACGGCGAAGGCUCUUCAUCACCUUUCGUGGAAGUCGAGUUCGAGGACCAACGUCUACGAACUCACGUCAAACGCAAAGACCUCAACCCAAUAUGGAACGAGAAGCUCGUCUUCCACGUCAUCGACGUCAACGAGCUACGUUACAAAACGCUAGAGAUCAGCGUUUUCAACGAGAAGCGUUCUUCGAACAGCAGAAACUUUUUGGGUAAAGUCAGAGUUACGGGUUCUAGCGUUGCAAGAGAAGGAGAAUCAGUCGCUAAGCUGUACACGCUCGAAAAGAGAAGCCUUUUCUCGCACGUGCGAGGAGAGAUCAGCUUAAAACACUACGUCACGACUACAACUGAGAACGAUGGAAAUAUAAGUCGGGUUAACGGGUCGGGUGGUUCGAAAAAAACCAAGAAAGUGUGCUCUUCAAUUGGUACUCAGCAACAACAGCAGCAACAACAACAAAUAGCUCUUCUCAAUCACCAGCAACAGAAUCAACAAAGGAUGCUACCGUUUUAUCCAAACCAAGGAGAGAUAAAGCCUCUUGUGAUAACCGCUCUACCCGGUCCAAGACCCGGACCUGGACCCGUCAUUUACCCAAACGGGUCGAGUGAGUUUUCUCUCAAGGAGACAAAGCCACGUCUUGGAGGAGUUACCAGCGGUUUGAGCAGUCACAAGGACAAGACAAGCUCGACUUACGAUCUCGUCGAGCAAAUGCAGUACCUUUACGUAAGAGUCAUGAAAGCUAAAGACUUGUCCGUAUCCGGAGAAGUCGUGUCUGAAAUAAAGUUGGGUAAUUACAAGGGAGUUACUAGAAAGGUUAAUUCGAGUAGCCUCGAGUGGAAUCAAGUCUUCGCAUUUUCUAAAGAAACCAUUCAAUCAUCCGUAGUUGAGAUCUUCCUCAGAGAAGUAAACCGAGACGAAUACACCGGUCGGGUCUGGUUCGAUUUAAGUGAAAUCCCCACCCGGGUACCUCCGGAUAGUCCGUUAGCUCCGCAAUGGUACAAAAUAGAGAGUCGAAACGGCGUCGGAGGAGAGCUUAUGGUUUCCGUAUGGUUCGGGACUCAAGCGGAUGAAGCUUUUUCCGAAGCGUGGCAUUCAAAAGCUGGUAACGUUCACAUAGAGGAGCUCUCUUCUAUCAAAUCAAAAGUUUACUUGUCUCCCAAGCUAUGGUACCUUAGGGUUUCCGUAAUUGAAGCUCAAGACGUUGCUGUUAUGAACAAAGGAUCAGGUCUCAUGAGGUUCCCUGAGCUCUCAGCGAAGCUACACGUCGGGAGCCAGAUCUUGCGGACCACGGUCUCGGCUUCGAACCCGACACGUAGCUUUACGAAUCCGUACUGGAACGAGGAUUUGAUGUUUGUGGUUGCUGAGCCGUUUGAGGAUUGCAUUAAUGUUAUAGUGGAGGAUCGUGUCAGUGGUAAUGAUGUUGGGAGGGUUCAGAUUCCGGUUUUGGCUGUUGAGAGAAGAACCGGGGAUAAACCGGUUGGUUCGAGAUGGUUUACUUUAGACAACGGUAACAACAAUAGUCAGUUUGGUUCGAGGAUUCAUCUGAGGCUGUCGCUAGACGGUGGCUACCAUGUCUUGGAUGAAGCCACGAUGUACACCAGCGACGUUAGACCGACAGCGAAAGAGCUUUGGAAACCGCAUGUCGGGCUUUUGGAGAUCGGGAUUCUCGGCGCGACGGGUCUGAUGCCGAUGAAGGUUAGAGACGGGAAAGGUUCUGGAACAGCUGACUCGUACUGCGUGGCUAAGUAUGGGCCUAAGUGGGUGAGAACGAGAACCGUUGUGGACAGUCUUUGUCCGAAGUGGAACGAGCAGUAUACUUGGGAAGUUAACGACCCGUGCACGGUUGUAACCAUUGGUGUGUUCGAUAACGUGCGGGUCGACAAGAGUAACAGCAACACGCGCGAUGCGCGGAUCGGGAAGGUGAGGAUCAGGUUGUCAACGCUGGAGACGGAACGUGUUUACACGCAUUCGUAUCCGUUGCUUGUGUUGCACGCUACUGGAGUUAAGAAAACCGGUGAGCUUCAUUUAGCUGUUAGGUUAUCGUGCGGCAACGCUGUUAAUAUGUUUCAGAUGUAUACGUUACCGCUUCUUCCGAAGAUGCAUUAUACUCAGCCGUUAGGAGUUCAUUUGAUUGAGCGUUUGCGUUACCAGACGCUAAACGCAGUUGCUGCGAGGCUGAGUAGAGCGGAACCGCCUUUGGGACGCGAGGUUGUUGAGUACAUGCUUGAUCACGAUUUUCACGUUUGGAGUAUGAGAAGGAGCAAAGCUAAUUUUUUCCGUCUGGUUAACGUGGUUUCGAGUUUGGUCUGGGUUGCGAGAUUGGUCGAGGCUAUGAGGAGUUGGACCAAACCGGUUUGCUCUACGGUUUUCGUUGCGGUGUUCUUGUUUAUGGUUUUGUUUCCGGAGCUUAUAUUACCGUCUUUGUUUCUCUACGCGGCUGCUGUUGGCGUUUGGCGUUUCAGAAAGCGGCCUAGGCACCCGCCGCACAUGGACGCGCGUAUCUCCCACGCGGAGACCGUGUUUCCCGACGAGCUUGACGAAGAGUUCGACACGUUUCCGACGAGCAGAGGGUUUGAAGUUGUGAGAAUGAGGUACGAUCGAGUUAGGAGCAUCGCCGGGAGGAUUCAGACGGUAGUUGGUGACAUGGCGAGUCAAGGAGAGAGAGCACAGGCGUUGCUGAGCUGGCGUGAUCCGCGCGCGACGUUUAUAUUCUUGGUGUUCUGUUUGGUCUCUGCGGUUGGGUUUUACGUCGUGCCGGUUAAGUUAACGGUUGCUGUUUCUGGUUUGUAUUAUCUGAGACCGCCUCGGUUCAGGAGGAGGCUGCCGUCGCGUGGGCUUAGCUUCUUUAGGCGGUUGCCGUCUAGAGCCGAUAGCUUGCUUUAGAUCUUUUUGUUUUAAAAACAUGUUGUCCUUUAUGUUAUUACUAGUAGUGACUUUAGCUUUUGGUAGGCUUCUUGAUUCAAUGGAUUUGUUUUGGUCAAGUUAACCGGUGUAGGGACUGUACCAACAAGUUGCAUUAAUGAUUAGGAGGAUGCUUUGUUGUUUCAUUGCAAAAGUUUGCUAACUGCUUGUAGUUUUUCUUUUUGGUCCCAAUGAAUGACUUUCCUUGCUCUGUGUGACAUAAAAGAAUAGACAUGACUCAAUACCCCCUCUUGAUUUGUCAUAUAGUAAGGACUUGCUAACAUUUUAUGACUUCUUCAUCUCAAUGGUCAUUGGUCAGCGAAAUGAUAAAUUUUUGUAAUGGUUGAAAUAUUUAUUUUUGUUAAUUACUUAUAUUUCUAAACUAAAAAAUUUCUUGAUUUUAAGCUAAUUUUGAUGAAUAAUUUUAUGAAAUUGUGUCUAUUUUACAUGGAGAAAUAAAACAUUACUGGUUCUAGUUUUAACCUUAAGGUUUAAUGUAAAUGUUACUAUUUUUGAAAAUAUGAACUAAUCUUCAAUUUUCUUAAUCAUGCAAAACAGAAAAAAACUAGUUUUGAGAUAAAAAAAAAAUUAAAAUAUGAACUAAUCUUCAAUUCUCUAAAUAAUCAUGCAAAAGUAGAAAAAAAAACUAGUCUUGAGGUAAAAACUAAAAAAUUGAAUGAAAUGUAUUCAAAU